GCCACCGUUCAUGGGGGUUGUUCAACUCAGGAAAAAACACCAGUUGUUUUUAUUUAUUUUUCGUAAAGACCCAUCAGUGAUAAUGUCGCAACCUCAGUUCAGCGAAAACGAACAACGUGAACUCGCCCAGUUCCUUGAAGCCGAGAACGCCAAGGCUCGCAUUCAACAGACUGUUCACUCUUUGACUGACACCUGCUGGGAUAAGUGCAUUUUCAAGGUGAACAACAAGUUGGACCGCAGCGAAGAAGCAUGUCUCUCCAACUGUGUGGAGCGCUUUUUGGAUACCAGCUUGUUCAUCGUCAAGCGUCUCGAGGAUCUCAGAAGCUCAGCUAUGUAAAAUCGCUAUAUAGACACGCAUCAACGUAAUGUACAGUUUAUGAAAGAAACAAAAAAAAGAAACCAAAAAGCCGAACACCAAAGCUAUAAAAGCCU